UUUCUCAUGAUAUUAUUACAAAUGAUUUAGCUUCAAAAUUCCAUUUUUUCCUUGUUUUUUCUUAUCAUAAUCAUGAAUUCAGACCAAUUUGGUCCAGAAACAAUGUUUUGUUCCUUUCUUCCAAGGGAUAUUGUCAUCGAAAUUCUCUUGAGACUUCCAGUAAAGUCAUUGUUACGCUUCAAAUCUGUAUCCAAACCCUUUUGUUCUUUAAUUAAGAACCCUAAUUUCAUCUCCAAACACAUUGCCAAAACUACCCAAGAAAAGCCACCCCAUCUUCUAAUCAUGGGUCGCCAUCACAAAACUCUUGAAGUCAUGGUACGUUUAAUUCAUUCGCUAACAAAACCAAGCCACAUCCCACCUCUCCAUUUCGACGUACCAUUUGGUUUGACCUCUGAAAAAACAAGAAUUGUUGGCUCCGCCAAUGGCUUAAUCUGCUUGAAUCUCGUUAACCAUAAUGGCGUCGCGAUUGUUAUAUGGAAUCCAGCCAUUAAAACAUUCAAGCCAGUUCCUAGAUCUCCAUAUGUUUCAACCCUAGGUAAACUCAGUGUAACCGAUCUAGGGUUUGGUUAUCACUCAGGGAAUGAUGACUAUAUGGUUGUUCGACUCUUGAACGUUGCUACAUCGAGGAGGAAGUACGAGGUUGAAGUUUACACGUUGAGCACGAAUUCUUGGAGAAAAAUAGCAAGUGAUGGUCGUGUAUUACUAGUUAUACUUCCUUUUUGGAAACCAAUGGCUCCUGGAAUGGUCGUGGUAAAAGGUUUUAUUUAUUGGGUAGGAGUUGAAGUUAGAAACGAAGAAAUGUGUAGUGUUGUGGUUUCUUUUGAAAUGAGCAGUGACGAAUUGAAUUUUAUUUCACCACCUAUAGAACACCAUGGCAUUGUAGUUGACCUAAGGGAAGCAAUAACAUUAAGGCUAUUCAACUUAAACGAAUCGUUGGCUUUGAUUUAUUCUGAAAAUCUCGAAAAAGUUGAUAUAUGGAUGAAUGCAGGAUUUGAUAUAUGGAUUUUGAAUGAAAAUGAUGUUGAAAGAACUUGGACUAGAAGGUUUAAAGUUGAACCUAGUCAAGGGUUGUUAUUAGAAGCUGGAUUUUGGGAGAAUUCUAAGGCAUUGGUAGCAGAAGAGAGGAAAGAGAUGUGUUUUGACGAAAAUCGAGAAUACGUUUAUACAAAAGGUGAGACAAAGUUAUAUUUGUAUGAUAUUAUUGAAGGAGAUGUUGAGAUUAUUGAAAACCAUGAACUUCGAGCCCCAUUUCAAGCUUAUACUUAUUUGGAGAGCUUAGUGAAUGUGAAGGGAGGAGUUAAUGUUGCAAAGGAGGUUGAUUUGUCAAAAUUAUUAGAUUUUGACCCUUUGCUUUUUUGAUUUUCCAAAUUUAUGUUGGGAUUUUGGAUGAAGUCUAGUUUCAUUGGUCAAAUAAAGAUUUAAGGACCUUAGUUUUUUUUUUAUUACUUCAUAGUUGUAUU